GGCCUCCGCAGAGGCGACAGAGGCGCGGGUGGCCCGGGGUGCGUUAGGAGCAUCGGCUCGGGGACGAGGCCCGAGCGGGCGGCGCCGGCACCAUGGCUGCCUCUGAGCUCUACACAAAGUUUGCCAGGGUUUGGAUACCUGAUCCUGAGGAAGUCUGGAAAUCAGCAGAGUUGCUCAAAGAUUAUAAACCUGGAGAUAAAGUGCUUCAGCUACGCCUGGAGGGAGGCCAGGAUUUGGAAUAUCGCCUAGAUCCAAAGACAAAGGAGCUGCCUCACUUACGAAAUCCUGAUAUCCUUGUGGGUGAAAAUGACCUCACAGCUCUCAGCUAUCUUCAUGAACCUGCUGUGCUCCAUAAUCUCAGAGUCCGUUUUAUUGAUUCCAAGCUUAUUUAUACCUAUUGUGGUAUUGUUUUAGUAGCUAUAAACCCUUAUGAACAGUUACCUAUCUAUGGCGAAGAUAUCAUUAAUGCAUAUAGUGGCCAGAACAUGGGAGAUAUGGAUCCUCACAUCUUUGCUGUGGCAGAAGAGGCUUAUAAACAGAUGGCCAGGGAUGAACGGAAUCAGUCCAUCAUUGUAAGUGGAGAGUCUGGUGCAGGAAAGACAGUUUCUGCUAAGUAUGCCAUGAGAUACUUUGCAACUGUGAGUGGUUCUGCCAGUGAGGCCAAUGUUGAAGAGAAGGUCCUGGCUUCUAAUCCCAUUAUGGAGUCAAUUGGAAAUGCUAAAACCACGAGGAAUGAUAACAGCAGCCGUUUUGGGAAAUACAUUGAGAUUGGUUUUGAUAAGAGAUAUCGAAUUAUUGGUGCCAAUAUGAGAACCUAUCUCUUAGAGAAAUCCAGAGUGGUGUUCCAGGCAGAAGAGGAGAGAAACUAUCAUAUCUUCUACCAGUUGUGUGCCUCAGCAAAGUUACCAGAAUUUAAAAUGCUACGAUUAGGAAAUGCUGAUUACUUCCACUACACAAAGCAAGGAGGCAGCCCAGUAAUUGACGGGGUUGAUGAUGCUAAGGAAAUGGUACAUACAAGGCAGGCCUGUACUUUGCUAGGAAUUAAUGAGUCUUAUCAGAUGGGAAUUUUCCGAAUACUUGCUGGCAUCCUUCACUUAGGCAAUGUUGGAUUUACUUCCCGGGACUCGGACAGCUGCUCAAUACCUCCGAAACAUGAGCCUCUUAGCAUUUUCUGUGAUCUUAUGGGAGUUGAAUAUGAAGAAAUGUCUCAUUGGCUUUGCCAUAGGAAGCUGGCUACUGCAACUGAGACCUAUAUCAAACCGAUUCCCAAAUUGCAGGCCACUAAUGCUCGGGAUGCCUUGGCCAAACAUAUCUAUGCCAAACUCUUUAAUUGGAUUGUAGAUCAUGUCAAUCAAGCUCUCCAUUCAGCCGUAAAGCAACACUCUUUUAUUGGAGUGUUGGAUAUUUAUGGGUUUGAAACAUUUGAGAUAAAUAGCUUUGAACAAUUUUGUAUUAACUAUGCCAAUGAGAAACUACAGCAACAAUUCAACAUGCAUGUCUUUAAACUAGAACAAGAAGAGUAUAUGAAGGAGCAAAUUCCAUGGACACUCAUAGAUUUUUAUGACAAUCAACCUUGUAUUAACCUUAUAGAAGCAAAACUGGGCAUUCUGGAUUUGUUGGAUGAAGAAUGCAAGAUGCCUAAAGGUUCAGAUGAUACAUGGGCUCAGAAGUUGUACAAUACACAUUUGAACAAAUGUGCACUCUUUGAAAAGCCUCGUCUAUCAAACAAAGCUUUUAUCAUUCAGCAUUUUGCUGACAAAGUUGAAUACCAGUGUGAAGGCUUCUUAGAGAAGAAUAAGGACACAGUUUUUGAAGAACAAAUUAAAGUUCUUAAAUCAAGCAAGUUUAAAAUGCUCCCAGAAUUAUUUCAAGAUGAUGAAAAAGCUAUCAGUCCCUCUUCAGCCACUCCUGGGCGUACCCCGCUCUCCAGGACUCCUAUAAAACCAACCAAAGUUAGACCAGGCCAGUCAACAAAAGAGCAUAAGAAAACUGUGGGACACCAGUUCAGAAAUUCUCUUCAUUUGCUGAUGGAGACUCUCAAUGCUACAACUCCUCAUUAUGUGCGCUGUAUUAAACCAAAUGACUUCAAGUUUCCAUUUACGUUUGAUGAAAAGAGGGCGGUGCAGCAGUUGAGGGCGUGUGGCGUCUUGGAAACCAUCCGAAUUAGUGCAGCAGGUUUCCCCUCCAGGUGGACAUAUCAAGAAUUUUUUAGUCGUUAUCGUGUCUUGAUGAAGCAAAAAGAUGUACUUAGUGAUAGGAAGCAGACAUGCAAAAAUGUAUUAGAGAAACUCAUACUGGAUAAAGAUAAAUACCAGUUUGGUAAGACCAAGAUAUUUUUCCGAGCCGGGCAAGUAGCUUAUUUGGAAAAAAUAAGGGCAGACAAACUGAGGGCUGCCUGUAUCCGUAUCCAGAAGACAAUUCGGGGCUGGUUGCUGCGAAAGAAGUAUCUGCGUAUGAGGAAGGCAGCUAUUACUAUUCAGAGAUAUGUUCGAGGCUACCAGGCAAGAUGCUAUGCUAAGUUUCUGCGAAGAACCAAUGCAGCCACUAUUAUUCAGAAGUACUGGCGAAUGUAUGUGGUUCGAAAGAGGUACCAAAUCAGACGAGCAGCUACUAUCAUUCUCCAGUCUUAUUUACGAGGUUACAUGGCUAGAAAUAGAUAUCGUAAGAUCCUCCGUGAACAUAAGGCAAUCAUCAUCCAGAAGCAGGUGCGUGGCUGGCUGGCUCGGCUGCGCUACAAAAGGUGCUUAAAGGCCAUCGUCUACCUGCAGUGUUGUUUCCGCCGAAUGAUGGCCAAACGAGAGCUGAAGAAGUUGAAGAUUGAGGCUCGUUCUGUUGAGCGCUAUAAGAAACUGCACAUUGGUAUGGAAAACAAGAUUAUGCAGCUGCAACGCAAAGUUGAUGAACAGAACAAAGAAUAUAAAUGCCUCCUUGAGAAACUGACCACCCUGGAGUGUACAUAUAACUCGGAAACUGAGAAACUCCGUAGUGAUCUGAGUCGCCUUCAUCUUAGUGAGGAAGAAGCAAAGAUUGCCACUAGUCGGGUCCUUAGUCUCCAAGAAGAAAUCACCAAGCUUCGGAAAGACUUGGAACGAACUCAGUCAGAGAAAAAAACAAUCGAGGAGCGGGCAGACAAAUACAAAAAAGAAACAGAGGAGCUGGUAUCAAAUCUGAAGGAAGAAAAUACAUUGCUGAAAAAGGAAAAAGAAACACUCAACCAUCUUAUUUCUGAACAAGCAAAAGAAAUAACAGAGACCAUGGAGAAGAAGUUAAUAGAGGAAACGAAACAGUUAGAACUUGAUCUAAAUGAUGAAAGGUUGAGGUACCAGAAUCUUCUGAAUGAAUUCAGUCGUCUAGAGGAACGGUAUGAUGACCUCAAGGAAGAGAUGACCCUUAUGGUGCAUGUACCUAAGCCUGGACACAGAAGAACUGACUCUACCCACAGCAGCAAUGAAUCUGAAUAUACAUUUAGCUCUGAAAUUACAGAGACGGAAGACAUUCCAUUGAGAGUGGAGGAGCCAAGUGAAAAGAAGGCACCUCUGGAUAUGUCCUUGUUCCUCAAGCUCCAGAAGAGAGUAACUGAAUUGGAACUGGAAAAGCAAGCCAUGCAGGAUGAACUGGACCGAAAGGAGGAGCAGAUACUGCGAAGCAAGGCUAAGGAAGAAGAAAGGCCUCAGAUUAGAGGUGCUGAACUGGAAUAUGAAUCCCUCAAGCGUCAAGAACUGGAAUCAGAAAAUAAGAAGCUAAAGAAUGAGCUGAAUGAGUUGCGUAAAGCCCUCAGUGAAAAGGGUGCUCCUGAAGUGACUGCUCCAGGUGCUCCUGCCUACAGAGUCCUCAUGGAACAGUUGACUUCAGUUAGUGAAGAACUGGAUGUUAGAAAAGAAGAAGUCCUCAUCCUGAGGUCUCAACUGGUGAGCCAGAAAGAGGCUAUUCAACCUAAGAACACAAUGACAGAUUCCACAAUCCUCUUAGAAGAUGUACAGAAAAUGAAAGACAAAGGAGAAAUAGCACAGGCCUAUAUUGGACUGAAGGAAACAAACAGACCAUUCCCUAUGGAUUGCCAUGAGCUGAAUGAGGAUGAAGAGCUGUGGCUGGUUUAUGAAGGGUUAAAACAAGCCAACAGACUCUUGGAAUCACAACUCCAGUCCCAGAAAAAGAGCCAUGACAAUGAAACAGAGGCAUUGCGGGGUGAGAUCCAGAGUUUAAAGGAGGAGAAUAAUCGCCAGCAGCAGCUCUUGGCUCAGAACCUACAGUUACCACCUGAAGCUCGCAUUGAAGCCAGUCUGCAACAUGAGAUUACCCGACUAACCAAUGAAAAUUUGUAUUUUGAGGAAUUAUAUGCAGAUGACCCUAAGGACUAUCAGUCAUAUCGGAUUUCACUUUACAAACGGAUGAUUGAUUUGAUGGAACAGCUUGAAAAACAGGAUAAGACUGUUCGGAAAUUAAAGAAACAGCUGAAAGUAUUUGCUAAAAAAAUUGGAGAACUGGAAGUGGGGCAGAUGGAGAACAUAUCACCUGGGCAGAUCAUUGAUGAACCUAUUCGUCCAGUGAACAUUCCUAGGAAAGAGAAGGAUUUUCAAGGAAUGUUGGAAUAUAAGAAGGAUGAUGAGCAGAAACUUGUCAAGAAUCUCAUCUUGGACUUGAAACCACGUGGAGUGGCUGUCAAUUUAAUCCCUGGGUUACCAGCCUACAUUUUAUUUAUGUGUGUGCGACAUGCUGACUACCUGAAUGAUGAUCAGAAAGUGAGGUCAUUGCUGACAUCAACAAUUAACAGCAUUAAAAAAGUAUUGAAGAAAAGAGGUGAUGAUUUUGAAACUGUUUCCUUCUGGUUAUCAAACACAUGCCGAUUUUUGCACUGUUUGAAGCAAUACAGUGGAGAAGAGGGAUUUAUGAAGCACAAUACACCUCGCCAGAAUGAACACUGCCUCACCAACUUUGACUUGGCUGAGUACCGACAGGUGCUGAGUGACUUGGCAAUUCAGAUCUACCAGCAGCUUGUUCGAGUAUUAGAGAACAUUCUUCAGCCAAUGAUUGUUUCUGGCAUGUUGGAGCAUGAAACCAUCCAGGGAGUGUCAGGAGUGAAGCCCACUGGACUACGAAAGAGAACCUCCAGUAUUGCAGACGAAGGCACCUAUACAUUGGAUUCCAUCCUUCGGCAACUUAACGCCUUCCAUUCAGUUAUGUGUCAGCAUGGGAUGGAUCCAGAAUUGAUCAAGCAAGUGGUUAAACAGAUGUUCUACAUUGUGGGUGCCAUUACUUUGAAUAAUCUUCUCUUAAGAAAGGAUAUGUGCUCUUGGAGCAAAGGCAUGCAGAUCAGGUACAAUGUCAGUCAACUAGAAGAAUGGCUCCGUGACAAGAAUCUGAUGAAUAGUGGGGCCAAGGAAACUUUAGAGCCCCUAAUUCAGGCUGCUCAGCUUUUGCAAGUAAAAAAGAAAACAGAUGAAGAUGCUGAAGCCAUUUGUUCCAUGUGUAAUGCUUUAACUACUGCACAGAUCGUAAAAGUUUUGAAUUUGUAUACACCAGUUAAUGAAUUUGAAGAAAGAGUCUCCGUAUCAUUUAUACGUACUAUACAGAUGCGUUUACGAGAUAGGAAAGACUCUCCUCAGUUGCUCAUGGAUGCGAAACAUAUCUUCCCUGUUACCUUCCCUUUUAAUCCAUCCUCCCUUGCGCUAGAAACCAUUCAGAUCCCAACCAGUCUGGGGCUGGGGUUCAUUGCAAGAGUCUGAACCAGCACACAUACACAAGCAGAUGCUGCUGACAAUAGGUUCAUGCUUGAAAGAAGAACCCAUUAUUUCUGAGCUAUUGAAAACACAUUUUUAAAAAAGAAAAAACCCUGCAUAUUUCCUAAACUAUAGGUGGAUAACUGGAAAUCUCUUUAGAAUACUUGGACUGCCCUGGAUAAAAAAGCAUGUUCUGGGAUGACACAUUGCUUUCAGAGUGACAUUUCCAUAUCUGGCCUUUUAGGCAGCCAGAGUUGGAAUACAGGUGAAUGGCAAAAAAAGAAACCGAGUCUUCAGCCGCCAGGAUCCAUUUUAAGUCCUUAGCAUCUCAUUUAAAUAGCAUAAACUAACCAUAGGUGAAUUGUUGAUAGACAGGGAGCAAAACCUCCAGGUUAAAUGGAAGACUUGAAAGAAAAAGGAAAAUAUAGUUAAAUACAUAGUAAUUUAGGCAUCAAUUAUGUUUAUAAUUUGUCAAACUGGAAUGGAGAAAUAAACUGGCAAACUAUAAAGUAAUUUUUCAAAUAAUUUCCUUAUUUGUGAUUGUCACUAUAAUAUAAAGUGUGAGGUGUCAAGAGAUUUCUUGGCUUUAUUGUAUAGUAUAGUUAUUCAUUGGUUUGUAUUCUAGUUUACCAGACAUUUUAAACUGUUGCUGCUUAUGGUGUUCUUUUAAAUGUAAACAGUAUUCUUAGGCACUACAAUAAUAAUAUUCUUCUAUCAACUUUGUUUACAAUCCAAUACUGUCUAUAAUUCCAACUGGAUCAUAUGCAAUUGUCAACAAAAAUCAUAAGAAAAUAAUAACCAAGCACAAGUAACACACUGGAAGUAACAGAAUAAUUUUUGUUUAAGGAGGCUUAUGAAAAUGUUUGAUAUGUAGGGUGUAGUAUUAACAAAAUGAUUUGUCUUAUUUAUUCAGAAUAAUGUUUUAUGUGUGUAUAUAUACACAUAUGUACUUAUGUGUGUAUAUAUUUAUAUGUGUGUGUAUAUAUGUAUACACACAAAUAUAAUAUUUUUGAUAUCUUUUAAAUCUUCCAUCAAGUGUUUGGUUUGAGUUGUUGAAUGAGAUAUCUACAAUGCAUGUUUUAACAUUAGAUGAGUUUCUUUGAGUCAUUUUUCUAACAUGUAAUCUCAGUCAGGUGUGUAGAAAAGAAGGUUGAAAUUUAAUCAUGAUCCAGAUUUGCAUGAUUGUCUUGAGACAGUUUAGCCUAUAAAGUACAGAUUUUUAAAAAUGUACAGUAAAUAUUUAAUUAUUUUCAACCUUUGGAACUACAGCAUCUGCUCUCAGGUAUCUGAGGCUACUUAAGGGAGGCAUCAUGCUUGGAAGUUGGAUGUUAUUAAGUUUUUCAAUGGUUUUUGUUCAGAAGAACCAAAACAUAUAAGAAAAAGUUUAAUGCUGUGAUUCUAAUUGGGAUCCUCUCUAGGAUUUUUGUUUCUCAGAUCACUUAGUAAAAUUAAGUUCUCAUUUUGAGAUAUAUAAAAACAAAUCUUCAGGACUUUACCACAAACUCUGGUUUCAAGUAGUGUUUUGUGGUUAGAUGACAUGACUAUUAAAUCCUCUUGUAAGAUUAUUAAUAUUGUUGAAGUAUAAUGUGAAAUAUAAGUAGAAAAUGAAGAUUUUCAAUUUAAUGACAAAGUUUAUUAUGAAAAGAAAAAUACUAUAUUAUAGUCACUUACCAGGCCUUAGCUUCCUCAUCUAAAAAACUGAGGGGAACUAGUCUAGAUCAAGGGCCUUGAUAUUUUUUAGUAGUGUUCUUUCUGUAGGAUGAAAAACUCAUGGGUGUAUCAGCCUUAGGAAACCCUUACAAUUAAAAUUGUUCUUUGAUCCCAUUCUUCUAGUAUGAUACGUGGCAGCCCUCAGUUACACAAGGGUAGGAACAGAUAGUUAAUUUAGCCCUACCUACUGUUAAAUUAAAAAAAAUAUAUAUUUGGGACUGAAAAUCUCAGCAGGGUCCCUGGAAUGGGCUCAGGCAGGCUAUUAAUGGGAUAUCUCAUCUCUAGAUGAUCUUUAAAGGUUUCUUCCAGAUUUCAAAAAAGUUCUCUGACAUUAGUACUUUUAUAAUGAAAGUUUGAAGUUUAACUUCUGAAGUCAUUUUGCCAUCUGCUGGACAGAGCAGUAUGCAUCAGUUUUUAAAUGGGUUUUUUAAUUGAGACUACAGUCAGUCUUCACCAAGAAUAAGAAUAGAGACAAUGUAAGGAAGCCUAUUUGAUGUCAACAAGAAUUUGGACAAACUCUUGCUUGAAGAUAUGCUAUGCUGUAAACAGAAUCUUUUUAAAGACAACCCCCAAAUAAAUUUACUUAAAUGCAUAUAUAUAAUAUAAUUAUAUAUACAUACAAUGGCUGACAAUAGAUCAGGAAUCAUUUUUACCCUUUGAAAAGACAUUUUUAUGUGAAAAAUCUGACUUCAUUUGUAUUCCUGAAUAACUUAAAUUUAAAUACUUUAUAGAAAUAUGUCACUUGCCUUCCGUUUGGGUGGUCUUAAAUUAAAAAAACAAAUUUAAAAUAAUACUUCAGUUAGAUUAUCUCUAUGACUCCUUGAUAAUAUAUCUUUGAAACCUACAUGAUGAAUUCAGGCAAAUAUUCUCCUAAAUAUUAUCACUUAAUUAAAUUCUUUGAUGCUAUACCUGUAUGAAGCUUAUUGUUGAAUAUUAACUACAAGGGAAGACCUUUUAAAUUAAAAAAUUCAUUAUCUCUCCCAUCUCAAGAAUGAUGUGUACUUCAAAGCAGAAAAAUCAGAAAAAAAAAUGUGCAGCUAGUCUUUCCUAUAAGUCUGAGAAAUGAUGCUGCCCUCUUCCCAGCACACAGUGGGAUUUCUGGGGCUAUGAAGGGAAUGCUUAGCAAUUUUUCCAACUCCUCUUGGAUAAAGUCUUCCAGUUAUUCAUUUUUUUUAAUUCUAAAAACACUAAAAUACUCACAUUCAAAGUUAAAGGUACAGACUUAAAUAUAAAUAAUUCACAAAUGAUUUGCUAUUUGAUGAUUAUUUUACUUCAUUAUGGUGAACAUUUGAGAAUCAUUUUACAAUAGACUCUGGAGAAUGGAGCAUCAAAAUGCUUUGUUGUCCUAGAAUUUUGUUGUAAUAAUUAUAGCUAGAUAUCUCAUUCUCAAUGCCCAAGACCACCACUGAUGAGUUCAGGGGUACUCACCAGCUUUUUAUUGCCAUAGGGAGUGACAGAAGUCCUCCUCAGAUGUCCCAGUAGUGCCAUGUUCACUUUUCCUCUCAUUGCCUAUUAGUUGGUGAUCCUUAGAAUGACUUCUACUGUCAGAGAAAAGCAAGAGAAUUAUUAAGGGGUGAUUCCUCUAAAAAUUCCCCAGGUGAGAGAAAUAGGAAAGAUACAUAUUUGUAAAAUAUUUUAUAAUUUAAAAGAAAUUUCACAUGAAAUUUAAAUCCUCACCAUGAUCUUGUCGAUGAGUUGAAGAAAGGUAAAGGAGUGAUUUGUUCACACAUAGUCUAGGACAGAACCAGGAUUAAAGAAACAGGUCUUUGGAGUCCUAGUCCAAUUUGUUUUACACUGAGCCAUAAGUAAGCAGUGUGGAAAAAUGAAAAGCUAUUGACCACUGACUAUUUUGAAUUUGUUUUUAUCAUCUGUCUUAAUUCAAUAAGCAUUUAUUAAGGAUCCACUGUGAGCCAGGCACUAUGCGAGGGGCUGGGGAUAAAAGGCAAAAAUGAUACUAUCUCUGUUCUUAAGGAGCUUACAUUUUACCCAGUGAUAAAAUGUUUGCUCAGAUGCAGAUAAGAUAUUUGGUAUGGAAAUGGAAACUAGAAAUAACUGUGGAUGAGGAGAAAAUCAAGAAAGGCCUCUUCUAGGAGACAGAAUUUUCAAGGCCUAGCUCAAAUUCUGUCUCCUAGAAGACUCUUAGAAUUUCAAGAGAAGUGAGAAGAGAGAGCAUGUCAGGCAAUGUGGUGGGGAAUAGGGAAAGAAACUGUUGUGUCACAUAAUCAGCUAUUAGUGGGGGUGUUUUUUUUUCUUAUUAUGGUAAUAGAAACUAGAAGAAAGAAAGCAUCUAUAUAAAUGAUAUGUGUUAGAAUGAGUUCAAAGUUCUAUUACUCAAUUCUGAGUAACAGCUAUUAUAAGGAUAUAUAUAGUAAUAGAAUUUGACUUGUAUGAUAAUUUAAUGCUGUCUAUAAACACUCAACUUCAUCACGUGCAAAACAAUCAUGCAUCAAGCAGUAAUUAACUAUAGAAAGAACCAGCUUCAAAAAGGCCCCUGGUUUGAAGGUUGAUUUUUUUCAAAUUUUUCAAAUACCAAUUGAAGCCUUCCAAUAUACAUUUGCAGUGGUCUUAGAACGAUGCUGGUUGAGUAAGACUUAAGACUCCUAUCAUGGUAGUCCUCAGUUGCAGUUUGGGAUGCAGAAGAAAGUAGUAGACUACUGAGACAGCCUCUGAAGAGUAGCCAGUGAUCAGAUCGUGAAUAUGCAUCUAAUUGGAAGCACUAGCAUCUAGCCAGUCAAUGUUGCAUCUCUUUGAGUAGUAGCUUCUUAUGGGGGUGAAAGUGUGUCUAAGCAUGAAUGUGCAUAAGAGAACUCCAAACAUCCGUUUGGCUACAUAUUUAUGUAGGGUAGGAUUGUGGAUAUGCAUAAUGUAUUAGGCUGGGCUAUGGAGCCCACUUCUGCUAUUUUCCCUUACAGAGCUUCCUUAAAUUCUCUAUUACUGUUUCUCAAUGAGGAUGGCCCUGUCAAGGGAAGUUAUUGAGGCCUUUUAUUCAUUUGUCGUGUGUAUGUAUGUGUGUAUGUUUUCUUUAUUUGAAGAAGUCACUGUAGUUCCCUAAUGUCCUGCCAGUUAUCCCUUUCUUCCUUUCUCUGCCUUCAUUAUUACUGACAUCUUCUGUAGAUUAUGAACAAGAGCAUCAAUCAUGGUAGAGAAGCAGUCUGAGCCAAUGAAGACUCAAAGAUGGUACCUGUACCAGUUGAUGAACACAUUAGAGAAAUUCAGAGAUAGGACAAAGACUCUUGAUUGUAGUUAAAUUUUUCAUCUAUCAUUAAGCAUCACAUCAUGAAGGUCAAGUAUACAAUGAUUUUUAACCCUUCAAAGCAUAUUAUUUAUUUUUUUAAAGCCCUGGUCUGUAGGCUGACUAAAAGCAGAUAAUAGUGCUGGAAAAGAUAUUUUUCACCCCUUAUUAUAUUAAAACAUUUUUAACUUGAAUCACAAUAUCUAUUUCUAUAGGUCAAGAACUGAGAAAUGCUGUAUGGGUAUGGGAAUAUCUGCCAAAAUAUAUUUUUGUGAUUUUUAAAUGUUUGUUUUGUAAUUUUCACAUAUAUGAAAAUUGUGAUUUAACUUUAUAGGUGUCAUUGUUGGACUCCAAAAUUAACUGUCAUUUCUUUUAUACCAUACUGUGUUGCUUGAUAUAUUUUAAAGAAUGAUGUUUUUAAGUUGAAACUUGUGUAUUUUAUAAUUUAUAUAAUCCUUGGCAGGUCAAUAUUUUUACAUGCAUUUUUCAGAGGCAAAAAUUUCUAAAAAAGAAUUAGAAAUUAUCACAUAAGUAAAAUUUAGUUCUAAUUUCAGCUCUAUUUAAUGUAAAGUUUCAAAAUACUUUUUUCCUGAAAGAUAAAUGUUCUCACAUUAUGUAGACAUGUAUCAGAUGUCAUAAUAUGUGGCUACUGGUAAAGUAAAAAAGGAGAAAAUGUUUAAUUUUGGAUUUCCCUCUUAAAAUGUAUAAUGAAUCAAAAUGUAUUGCACAAAAAAAUUAGUUGAUUGAAUUAGCUUAUGUUCCAGUGGCUAUUUUACUGAGACGUUUGGAAUUAUGCAUAUUUAUUGUUUUGCAGGUAUUGUUCUGUUUCAUCAAAGAUUCUAUCCUAUCUAAUUUAAAAGGGGGUAUCCUAAUUUGGUAUACGUAAGAUGUGAUAAGAGUUCAUUUUUGAAACAUUCAUUCCAUUAAAGAGAAAAUAGAGUGUUAAGAAGCUGAUGGUCAUUAUCAUUUAAUUCCAAAUUAAAAUUGAGAAAAUCUUGAUAUAUAAGAAUUAUUUUUUUUAAGGAAAGUUGAUAAUUCACCUCAUCUCAACCAAGGGCCUUUGAAAAAUGGGUUUUCACUGGAUAUCACUAUAACUUAGAUGAAAACCAAAACAAUAUCAAAAUGACAUAUAUGCUCUAAGGUAUUGUAGUUGUCUGAUGUUGUACUUAGUCAAUGUGUGCAUCAUAAAACACUGUAUUCCUAGUUACCAUAGAAAAAUAUUGUUCAAAUAAAGGUACAGAUAUGUU